AGUGCUAUCCCAACGUGGAAAUGCCAAGGAUGGAUUUCUUCAUAUAGGUUUCAAUCGUUCUCGUGCGUACUUUUCGCGUUCAAUCCGUCAGCUUUUCCAAAUAUCCCUGCAAAUGUGCUUCAUUAGAAAGUUGUGCAGUUUGGCAAACAAGUGGGACCAAAAGCAAACUUUCUCCAUUACUCCCGGUUUACGUGGAAGGAAAAAAUAGUGAAUUUUCUCUCGAGGGCUGCUCAUGGAAAAAUAGACCUCCCAAAUCACGCACAAAAUACUCCGAAAAAAAAGGGAGAAGAACAAACUAAUUAAAUCAGAUUCUUUUCCCAAGACUUCUCUCUAUGUACACAUACAUAUAAAAGUACUUCUUGCACUGAUUUGAGAUGGCACAAGAAAUGCCAGCAAUUUGUGUCAAACUUUCAAAUGGUAUUACUUUGGGGGCAUCUGCAACAAACUGAGAGAACGGGGAACUUGGUAGGAAGGAAUUCCAAAGCCCAGAGGCUUUUCUCUUGAACGUCGUCAAUGUAUUACGAGUGACUCUUCAGCUAAAAUGACAAAAGUUGAUUUCUUCAAGAAGUUCUUUCUCAAAAUUCUGCUCCAAUUCACGGUGUUUCUAACCCUGGUUACAGGGCAUAGCCAGAAACCCAGUGGUGAGCUGGAACCGGAGUUCCUUGCACCCCUAGAAAAUCUAACAGUGACCCAGGGCAGGGAUGUCUCAUUCACGUGUGUCGCCAACAAUUUAGGUGAAUACCGGGUGGCAUGGAUAAAAUCUGAUUCUAAAGCUAUUCUGGCAAUUCACACUCAUAUGGUGGCCCUAAAUCCACGAUUAAGUGUGACACACAAUGGCCACAAUACGUGGAAACUGCACAUAUCACACGUUCAACUAAACGAUUCAGGCAGCUAUAUGUGUCAGGUGAACACGGAUCCUAUGCGGAGUCAGUCUGGCUAUCUCAGUGUGGUCGUCCCGCCGGAUAUUUUGAAUCAACCCGACACGAAUAGUGCCACUCAGGAGGAAGGGAUAACCCCCGAGGGUGGUACAGUGCAAUUAGUUUGCUCAGCAACGGGAGUCCCGCUACCUUCGGUGCAAUGGCGUCGCGAAGGUGGAAAAGAUAUUGUGCUACGAAAUGAAGGACGAGAUAAACAAGUCGUCAAACACGUCGAUGGGGAGCAUCUUGUACUACACAGUGUACAACGGACGGACAUGGGAGCUUAUUUGUGUAUAGCAUCAAAUGGGGUUCCACCCUCAGUCAGCAAGAGAUUUGACGUGAAAGUGAUCUUUGUCCCAGUUGUCCGUGUUGUAAAUCAAUUAGUCGCAGCUCCAGUGGAUCGUCAUGUUCUGCUCCAAUGUGUUGUGGAAGCGUAUCCGAAACCCCUAAAUGGAUGGUAUAGACACGAUGGCACGAAAAUCUACGAGGGUCCAAAAUAUCAAAUGACAGAGGGCAUGAUAAAUUCCUACACAUGGCAGAUGAAUCUCACUGUGAAGAACCUACAAUUUGAUGACUUUCACACUUAUGUCUGUUCCAGUAUCAAUGGAUUAGGAAAGUCCGAUGCAAGGAUUCGCCUACAAGAAUUGCGCCUACCACCAACGUCAACAACAACCCCAACGCCCUAUGUGUACACAACGGCAAAACCAAGGCGAAAGGUCACGCAGAGUCACGUAAAGCCGGCCACAUUUGAUGUGCCCAAGAUUAAGGAGACUGUCGUCGUUACAAAUCACGUGCAAGAGAAUGAAAUCGCCGGUGCGGCUCUUGAAGUUUUCACACAAGUGCCAGUUAGAUCGGGCAUCGAGAAGACACGGAAUACACAAAUGCCAGCAGCCGUUCCGUCGCGACGGACUCCGUGGAUUAAUUUGUACGACGGAAGUGGUACCGUCACUCAGCUCUGCAAUUACUGUCUACUUCUUGUACUUCUCCCAGCACUUGUGCGCCACAUUGGAUUCUCUACGUCGUAAAACACACGUUUUUCUUCACCUCAAUGUUUGUUUUCUUAUUUUUCUUUUUGCCAUAGCUUAAUCCUCUUCUUAAUUCCAAAAGGCAUAAAUUUGUCAUCUUUUGAAACCUAUUGUAUAUGUUUUACCACCCUCAAAACAUUCCUACAAAUACCAUCCCCCUAAUUUCUAUACUUUCAUUUUCCCGCCAAUUUCAAAGCAAGAAAAAUCCUCUUUUUAUGUAUUCUUUACUUUUGGUGUACCACCCUCAUAAUGCCGCAUAUCUAAACCUCCGCGUAUUCAAGGGUUUGAGGUAAAAUUUAUUGAAAUGAUAGCGUAAACCACCAGAGGGGGGGCUCUCUUGAACUUCCCCGCCCCUUUGUGGAAUGUUCCGGACAAAAAAAUGGAGAUGUUUGAUAUGAAAUUUUAUAAAUUUAGAGGAGAGAUUAUAAAAAUAGAUGUCUUCCGUAUUUUUAAUAUUAAAAAAAAAAACGUUGUGGAACAUGUCGAGAGAGAGAGAGAAAAAUUGCAUUGCUUUACCCUCCAUUUGUGUGUACAGAAGAGACAUAAAUUUUCCACUUUAAGUUUGCUAAAUCUUCCAUGCUUUGUUACAUUUCAAAUAGCCUCAAUGCGACAUAUAAUUCUCUUUACCGCACAAGACCAAAAACCUCAAUAAAACGCGCAAAGGAUAUUUGUGACAAUAUAUAGUCCUAUAUAUGUAUAAUGAAUUGAUUGACAGGAAAGUCUUUAAUACAAAUUUGUGAAAGGAAAAUAAUUUUCAUUCCUGAUGGACGAAAACGGUCUUACUUUUCGAUCUUUUUAGUAAAUCUUUUAAAUUUCUAUUUAUUCUGACAAAAAAAAAUCAAACGACUUUUAAUUUUGAAAAAAAUAUAUAUACAAAAAAUCAUGUUGAAUAAAUACUUAAAAAAAGGAUAUCUUUUAAAAUGUUGUAAAUAAAUGAAUUGAUCGUGUUAAAUACUGAAGAAAAAAGAAUUAAAAACAAAACUGGUGAAAUCUUUAAAGCUAUCAAUAUUCUACUGUUAGUCACGAAUUUAUAUAUAUAAUCUUAAAGAACAUACAUAACAAAUAAGAGAAAAACAAAAGUGUAAAUACCACGAUAUAUCAGCAAUUUGUCUUCUGAAGAGAAGUUUAAAAAAAAAAGAAACAGAAAUAGACAGUAGAGACAAAGUGAAAAUAAAAAAAAAUUCCUAUCAUAAAAUGUGCAGGCGGAUUUUAAAAAAAAUAAUAAGAGAAACCUUUCCGUUGACCGAAAUAACCUUUAAUGGUGAAAUAUUCUAAUGAAAAAAAUACAAGAAAACUAAUAAAAAUUAAGUAAAUUGUGUAAACGUAGCAUAAAGUCUUUGAGCAAGAA